AUGGCAGACGACAAGAUGCGCACACUUCGCCUCGACAUAUCCCGCGCCGCUCUGUCCCAAUCGGAAAGGAAGUGCCUCUCGCUACUCGAAGAUACUGGGCAGUUGAAAUUUAUCUUCCCUGAUACAUUGCUGACUGAAUCCAAUUAUGCCAACUUAGUCGGCUUUCUUAACUACGUAGCUUCGAACCUACGCACCCAAGGGGCAGGACAACUUGACAGCCUCGCAGACGCUUAUAGUGAAGUCGUUCACCGGUGUACCUCACAUACAGAUUUUGGAGGCUACGGUUUUGACCAGGAUAGUACCGAGCUAUCAGUUGAGCAGGAAGGCGAAAUCGUGUUUCUCUGCUCCGCGUACCUUGAAGCAGUCAAAUCUGCAGCCCGAGCCCGCUGCGGUCCUGCUGUUCAAAGCUUCCGUCCAAGAGGAAGACCGGGGAUGACUAUGACGGAGAAGAUCCUGGCUAUGCAUGAUGUCUCACGUAAAGGAUUCGUGCGACCAGGAGAUAUCAUACAGGUCGAUGUUGAUUGGGUAAUUGCGUCAGAACUAGCCUGGAAGGGCAUGGAAGGAGUCUAUGAUGCCUUUGGAAAACCAGGGAUAUUCCGUAAUGAUCGCCUCUGGCUUGCAGGGGACCAUCGUGUUGAACCGGAAUUGUAUCAUGUUCCUCAAGUUAAGGCUCUGAUGGAUGCAAGUGAACGGGCAAAGAAAGAGUUCAAAAUGACUGAUUUCCAAGGCUUCAACUACACAAUCCUACACACCGAAUUCGUCCGCGAACGAGCGCAACCAGGCAUGUUGGUUAUUGGUGCAGAUUCUCAUACUUGCUCUGGUGGUUCAGUCAGUUGCCUCGCAGUGGGAAUGGGAGCAACAGACGUUAUAAUGCCAUUGGUGACGGGACAGACAUGGCUCACUGUACCGGAAACGGUGCAUCUUCGGUUGAUCAAUGAGCCGCCGUUCGGCGUGGGCGGUAAAGACACUGUACUAUAUAUACUGAAAACUUUUAAGCGGAAUACCAUCGCCGCUGAUCGGAUCGUCGAGUUCUCGGGGCCAGGGUUGGCAGCAUUAUCGUGCGACGCCCGGUUUGCAAUUGCUAACAUGUGCACAGAAUUCGGAGCCGUCAGCGGGAUUUUUGCUGCGGAUGACCGCACGCUUGAUUUCGUAAAUCGAAGACGCAUCAGAAAGCACAAGAAUAAUGCCAUAUAUUUCCAACCGGACGAGGACGCCAUAUAUGCCCAAAGUUUUGAAAUUGACCUUUCCAAAGUCGAGUCCGGUGUUGCCAUCUAUCCAUCCCCUGACAACGUGGUUCCAGCGAGUGAGGUCGUGGGGACAGCUCUCGAUGGCUGUUUCAUUGGCGCUUGCACAACCACAGAAGAAGAUCUGAUUAUGGCCGGUUUGGUCCUCGAAGCUGGGUUAAAGAAGGGCUUGAAGCCAGUCGACCAUGGCCGGCGUAUUGUUGUACCAGGCUCAAAACCAAUUAGACACAAAUUGGAAAAGCUCGGAUUGAUUGAAAUAUACAAACAAUGUGGCUUUAAGGUCGGUGUUCCUGGCUGUAGCAUGUGUGUUGGCCAGGGUGUGGACCAGGCCGCGGCGGGCGAGAAGUGGUUAUCCUCACAGAAUCGGAAUUUUAAGAACAGAAUGGGACCUGGUUCCAUUGCGAAUCUGGCCUCUGCGGCAACAGUGGCUGCUUCUUCCUUCUCUAUGCAGAUGAGCAAUCCUCGCGAACUACUUGACAUGAUUGACAGAGAUAGACUGAAGGAGUAUCUUGGAUUUGAGCCAUCGGCGCAGAUAUCUCUGGUUUCUGGGAAAUCCGAAAUGAAUACAAGUACACUAAUAUUUUCGGAACCAUAUGGCAGAGAUGAAAAUACUUCAAAUAGUGCAGAAGGAGGCAUUCCUAAUACUAGUGGCAACGCUUUAUUCGCAGACGAGGGUUUAUCGACGGCAAUUCAAGGGAAGGUUCUUAGGCUUGGCGACUUUGUUGACACCGACGCGAUCAUUCCUUCCAAGUUCCUUGCGUCAUCGAGAACAAAUGAAGAGCUUGGUUCUCACUGCAUGGAAUUUUUCAUGCCCGAAUUUCGACAGCUGGUCCGUGAUGGACAUGACGUGGUCGUUGCAGGUCGCGCUUUUGGAUGCGGGUCGUCGCGCGAUGUAGCAGUCAAUGCUUUGCUCGGCGCUGGGGUCAAGUGUGUAAUUGCGGAAUCAUUCUCGUUUAUUUACUCCAGGAAUCAGCCGAAUAUUGGGCUUUUAGGAAUCGUUAUCAAGGAUAAGCCGUUCUUUGAGACUGCCUGUCGGGGAGAGCAGAUAUCAGUCGAUCUGGCUACGAACACUGUGACAUGUGGUGGGCGCAAUUGGGCCUUUCAGUUGAGCGAGAUGGAGAAAAGGCUUAUCAACGUCGGUGGUAUGACAGAAGCAUUUCGAAAAUUUGGCAAACAAGUCUUUGACGUCAUGUUCAGUAAGCGGCCCGGCCAUGUAAGCGAUCCGGCCACCUCUCCCGGAAAACGCGCUCUAUUUACUAUAUUUCAACGCGUCAAAAUGCCAACAAUUCGCAAGAAAGAUCCUUUAAAAUCAGAUCAGAUAGAGGGGAAGAUUGAAUUAGCUAUUUCCAAUUUAAAAAAUGGAAGAAUUCCCACUAUUUAUAAAGCUAUAAGGAUCUAUAUAAUCCCUCAUACAACUCUGCAAGAUCGACUGAAGGGAGUACUGUGA